AUGGGGCUGUCUUGGUGCUGGGGCCUUCGCCUCCUCUUCGUGGCGUCCCUGCUCGUCCUCUCCGCCGCGGCGCUGCAGCAGCAGCCCUCGCCACGCGCGGGGAGCCGGCCUCCUCCGCCCAAGCCGUCCGCCGCCGCCGCCGACGCGCUCCUCGCCCGCAUGUGCGACCCUCGCGGCGCGCACCCGGCGCCGCCCUCCUGGUGCCACACACUGCACCUCAGGCGCCGCGUCGGGGCCGCGGGGCACCGCCACCACCAGCAGCAGCACCACCGGCCCGUGCCGCUGCCGCUGCCGCCUCCGGGCCGCGACGGCGCCGGCGGGGAGGAGAUCGACGUGCGCUACGGCGUCGCCAAGCGGCUCGUGCCGACGGGGCCGAACCCGCUGCACAACUGA